AUGUCGCUUGACGAUGUGUGCACCCGUAUGGCCUACUACAUCUAUGCUUCGUCAACAGAUGGCCACUUCAAACAUAGCCACUCAUGGUAUCGUAACAUGUGGCAUACCUGCCUUAGCGCACUAUCAACCCAUGAAUAUCCUCGACCAAACUUACCUUUCGAUGUGGAACGAGAACUGGACAAGCUAUGCGACGGAGUUGACGAGGAAUUUCGUGAAGAAAUUUCUAGGAAUUCGAAGAAAUUUGAUAAGGUGGUGGGACUUGGCGCCGUCAUUACUUACUUUGCUGUGGAUCGAGUACCCAAUGGCCAGCGUAAUGAGAAACAUAAGAAAGAAGGUGGUGCACGAUUUGAAUGCCUCUACCCUGUGGCUGCAGAGGACUUGAAGAACAACCCAUUGCUACUCACUGGGAUCACAGCAAACACUGGAGCAUUCUUCAAAUUGGUUACCGAGAAUACACGCAUCAUUGAUGACAAUUCCUGCUAUCCGAACUGUAUAUGCUACUCGACUUCACCCACAACCAGAGCAAAUGUUCUACAUUUCGCGGCUGCGUACGGAAACGCUGAGUUCAUCAAAUCGGUUCUCUAUCCCGAACAAGACCGUUUCCCUAAUCAACAAAUCCGCGAACACUACAAUGGAAUGAUCAGUCGAUGGCUGAGAGCUCUGAUCGCACCGAGUUGUUCCAGAAUGUCACCUUUUGAUAUGGCAGUGUUUUAUGACGACCUGAAAUGCGCUGAAGCGCUGCUCACCCGCACAACAGUGAAUGCAGCUCGUGAUCGAAAAUCGGACAUGGCAUCACCAAACAGUUCACUGCCGUUUCGACCAUAUACAGAGUCGCAGCUAUCGCUGGCUGUCUAUCACGGUAAUACGGAGAUCGUGCAAAUACUGAUGGAUACUGGACUCAUUAAACCUCACCAUUACCCACAGGCAUUUCGUGAAGCCGCCAACGCUGGUGACUCCCAUAUGUUGAUGAGGUUGUGGAAAAUGUGCGGCGAGGAUGAAUCCUAUCUUUUGGACCACGACCAGAAACCUGGCAAACGAAUGUGUAGCCCGCUUCAUUUGGCAGCUGCAGCUGGUCAUUUAAGAUGUGUUCAAUUCCUAUGCCAGAGUCAGCCCUUACGUAUCCAGCCGGAUGCUGUAGGAGAUUUGCCUUUAAUAUAUGCGCUAGAAAAUGGCCAUAUGAAACCAGAACCAGCUAUCAGACGGGAUACCCAAUUGACUGGCUUCAGAGAGCUGCCCGCUAAACUUCUAUGCCGUCAGUACAGUACAUCAGUACGUAAGAUUCAAACGAACUCGACAGCCUUUUCAUUACUGGCGCUAACUUUCCAGGAGAUUGUUCACUACCUUAUGGAAGCCUUCCCUGCUGAGGUACCGCCAACAGCGAUCAAAUCAGCAAUCAACUGUAAACGCAAUAAACUGGCCCGGGACCUAUUUCACCGCAUCAUGGAGAGGAAAGAUAUUAUAGCAGAGUGUAAACCUCUUACGUUUGCCGUCGAAGUUGGCAAUUUUCACAUGGCCGAGCAUAUUUUGAGGCAGUAUGCCGGCAAUAACAAGGGUUCCGACUAUUUCUUGCAGGUAUCUGAGGAGCCUUGGUGCAGUGACGUCUCAGAUGCAUUACGAGCGGUUCUCUGUAGCGGAGCCUUGAAUGCAGAGAAGAAAGCAAAAUUCGUGAUUGCCUUUCAGCUGGCUGGUUUCAAAGUUUCAAUGGUGAAUGUGGUCAGGAUGGUUAACGACAAGACGUUGACGGCCACGAUCUGCAACAGCCUUCGUCAUCCAGCAAACCAACCGCAGUCACAAUCUUCCCCGUGA